AUGGAACAAGUAAAUAAAUCCACUGUCACAGAUUUCAUUCUUCUGGGUCUCUUCUCUGACUCUCGGCACCCUGGCUUUUUUGUUGCCAUCAUCCUCCUGAUUCUCAUGGUGGCCAUCACUGGAAACUCCGUCUUGAUUCUGCUGAUCUGGGGUGAUACCCACCUCCACACACCCAUGUACCUCCUGCUCAGCCAGCUCUCCCUCAUGGACCUCACACUUAUCUCCACCACCGUCCCCAAGAUCGUUGCUGACUUCUUCUCAGGACACAGAGGCAUCUCCCGCAUCGGCUGUGGAGUUCAAAUAUUUCUAUACUUGAUGUUAGGAGUGGCUGAGUGCGUUCUUCUGACUCUCAUGGCCUUUGACCGCUACUUGGCCAUCUGUAGUCCUCUGAGAUACCCAGUCUUCAUGACGCCCAGAGUCUGUGUGCAAAUGGCUGCGAGCUCAUGGGCUGGAGGUGUUCUUAUCUCCCUAAUGCACACAAUUUAUGCCAUGCAUUUUUCUACCUGUGGCUCUAGAUAUAUUCACCAUUUUUAUUGUGAAGUCAUGGCUCUUCUGAAGCUUUCUUGUGAGGACACUUCCACUUAUGAGAAGGUGAUAUUGGUGUCAGGCAUUGUUUUCCUUCUUAUCCCUUUCGGACUCAUCCUGACCUCCUACACUCUUAUCUUCCUCACAGUCCUCCAGAUGAACUCCUCUGAGGGCAAUAAAAAAGCUUUGGCUACUUGCUCCUCUCACCUUGGUGUGGUGAGCCUCUACUUUGGUCCAGCCAUGAUUAUCUACAUGACCCCAGGUUCCUCCCUCCCCCCAGAGGUGGAUCAGCAUCUUUUUGUGUUUGAUGCCAUCAUUACUCCUAUGCUGAACCCCCUAAUUUAUAGCCUUAGGAACAAGGAGGUGGUGGGAUCUCUGAGGAAGAUGCUGAGGGAAAAGCUUACUGUUAAACAGGAAAGGAAAUAG